CGGGAGCUGCAAGUCUGAUCAUCAGUAACGACUCCAGCGCUGUGCGAGCAGCGGACCGGACCGGACCGCACCGCUGGCAGUGGCCUGACCCUUACAACGCCCCUCGCUCUCUCGCUGUGCCUCUUGAAGGCGAGAGCCAUGGCUAGUCGACUGCCAAAGUCUUUGUCUGCGCUGCUGCAGUUGAAAACGGCGAAGUUUUCCGCCGCUGCGUCCCUCUGCACUAAAACAGUCGAUGUGCCCUUAGAUAGAAAUGUGGCCGGCUACAAGAAGCCGGCAGAUCACCCAGCAGAUUCCAGUACAACCGGUAAAGCUAGUGCCACGGCAACGUCUGAGAACAAAACUUAUCUGUGGGGCCGCUACAAUGAGAUGAAAAAAUUAGUACACGAACUUAUUCCCCCUGGAAUCUGCAACAUUCUCAACCCUGCAAAUAUUUAUUCAAAUAAUGAAGUUAAGUUGGGGAACAUUGAAAUUUAUGGAUUUGAUUACGAUUAUACUCUUGCACAGUACUCCAGUUCUGUGCACACGAUGAUCUUUGACACUGCACGUGAAAUCCUUGUGGAACAGUACAAGUAUCCUGAAGGAAUCAAGGAAUAUGAGUACCAACCAAACUUUGCCAUCAGAGGCCUCCAUUAUGACGUGCGGAAGGGAUACUUAAUGAAGAUUGAUGCUUUCCAUUAUGUCCAGCUGGGAACUGUAUACAGGGGGCUCAGUCCAGUGCCAGAUGAGGAAGUGUUUCAAAUGUAUGAAGGAACCCAACAUGUUCCUCUACACCAAAUGAGUGAUUUCUAUGGCAAGGGCCCUACCAUGAAACAGUUUAUGGAUAUUUUCUCACUGCCUGAAAUGGCUCUUCUUUCAUGCGUGAAUGACUAUUUCAUUAACCACAAUAUCGAGUAUGAUCCCAUUCACCUCUUCAAAGACAUCAGCGAUGCAAUAAGUACUGUCCAUAUCAAAGGAAUGAUGUACGACUGGAUUGAAAAUGACCUUGAAAAUUGCAUACUUCAUGGAGAUGAAACCUAUGCUGUUCUAAAUCGUCUGGUUAAUAAUGGAAAGAAGCUCUUCCUUAUCACCAACAGUCCCUUCAACUUUGUUGAUAAAGGAAUGAAAUACAUGGUGGGAGAUGAUUGGCGAGACCUUUUUGAUUUGGUAAUCGUCCAAGCCGACAAGCCAAGUUUCUUUACAGAUAAAUGCAAGCCUUUCCGAAGACUGGAUGACACGGGUACACUGCAGUGGGACAAAGUCAGCACUUUAGAAAAGGGCAAGAUGUACAAACAGGGCAACCUGUUCGACUUUCUACGAUUGACUGGCUGGCGUGGAUCAAAGGUGCUUUAUUUUGGCGACCAUCUCUACAGCGACCUGGCCGACCUAAUGCUUCGUCAUGGCUGGAGGACAGGAGCGAUUGUACCAGAAUUGAAGACGGAAAUCGGCAUUAUUAACACUGAGCAGUUUACACACGGGCUGACCUGGCUACAGGCUCUGACUGGGCUUCUAGAGAGGCUGCAGGUUUACCAGGAUGAAGAUUCCAUGCAAGUGCUUCAGGAAUGGAUAAACGAGAGACAAGAAUUAAUGUCUCUGACAAAGAACUUGUUCAACCCCCAGUUUGGCAGCAUUUUCAGGACACACCACAACCCCACCUACUUUUCCCGAAGAUUGUGCCGCUUCUCCGACAUCUACAUGUCGUCUGUCAGCUGCCUCCUGAACUAUGACACCACCUACACCUUCUAUCCUAGACGCACCCCCUUGCAGCACGAAGCACCCCUCUGGAUGGACCAACUCUGCACUGGCUGCAUGAAGACUCCCUUCCUGGAAGAGAUGGUGCACAUACGAUAAACUCCACUGGGUCUCGUCCGACGUUUUAUUUGGAGCAAGGCAUUCCUACCUCCUGUACCACGAGAGGUCAUGCUGCAGGUGGGAUGUUUCUUUGAAGAAGCGUGAUUGAACAUUUAAAUGGAAAACGACCCUGGUCGGAUUAUUAGAUGGAUGUGCUCUAAACAAUGAGAUUGAAAUGGUAGUGACUUGUGUUGUUAUCCCUUUUCCACCAUAGUGUGUUCCACUUGAUGUCGUUGCUGGCUGUGAUCUCCUCUUUAUAAUUGUGCUGUCUGUAGAUUUUAUGGGCAGAUUGAGAACAGUUUGAGAUCUAAACAGACAGGCUACAACAUUGCUCCAUAUUAAAUGGAUUCCAGAUUUUUCCAGAUAA